AUUUACCGUUCAGCCGCUUUACUAUUCCGCUGCUUCAGGGUUCUGUUCCUCUUAAAAUCGUUUAAAAAUGAUGCGCUACGAGGGAAACGAGGAGCUGGCAGACAAAUCGGCGUGUGCCGGUGUUCGUGCAGAUUUGAAGAUGUGUCUGCUCGCAAGCGAUUGCUGCAAGAAGGAGAAGAAAACUCCCCGCGAAUGUUUGAACCGCACCGACGGGUCGGUUCCGCAUGAAUGCUCUGUGCUACGAACCACGUUCUUCGAGUGUAAGCGAUCGAUGCUCGAUAAUCGACAACGAUUUCGGGGCAGGAAAGGAUACUAGCAGUGUUGUGCGUUGGCGGCUUCUUGGGGCGGCCCGUUGGUGUGUUUAUUGAACGCUCAAUCAAACCAUACAUCUAGUGUAGUCCAUGCCGUGCUUUAAGUUUGUAGAAACAGUUUCAAAUUAAAUUCCCAUACCGUU